UCACCCUGUACCCCUAACAGGCACAGGGUGAUUUACACAUAAGAGGGAUAUGGGGAGCUGAGACAGGGGUCUCCCCAACUCUCCAAAGUGAGCUGGGAUCCAUGGGCCUCCCACCAUAUCUCCCCUUUCAGCAGGGGACUAACACAGGAGCAGACCCCAACUUCAUGUCAGGAUGCUGGAAUAUACCCAUUUGGAUUGAAGUCAUAUAUACUGCAUCACUGGAAUAUACCCAUUUGGAUUGAAAUCAU